AUGCCAACAUACGAAAUACCUCGAGAUUAUCGACAAGAUACUAAAGGAAGUACUACCCCUCGUAGUUUUGUUGAUGAAUCAACUCAAUAUACACCAGUUACUGAAUAUCCAUCAUCAUCAGCAAUGUCUUCACGAAUAAAACAAUCAGCUUCAAUGUAUAGACUUGAAAGUCGAUAUCAACCAAUUACAAAAGGAAAUCAACAAUCAAGUCAACCAAUAUUUUUUGUCGAACCUGUAGUUGUCGCACAACCAAUGCUUUAUAAUAUUCCUAAUGCACAAACUACUCCAAUAUUUAAUCAAUCAACAUCUAGCAAUAAACAACCAUCUAUUCCUACAUUCUAUUCAAUAAAUGGUCAAUCUCGUCGUCUAACCGUCGAUAUGAAUACUAAUAAUUUAGAUCAUUCUAAUCAAGUUAUCAAUGAAUCUCCUAUACUUUAUUCUAUGAUCAAUCGUCCACCUUCUGGAAAUCAAAUUCAAGAAUCAAAUAAACAAUAUUUACAACAACAACCACCACCAACUGUUUAUUCAAUUGUUGGUAGUGCAGCACGUACAUCACGUGGUGUACAAGUAAGUACGCUUGAUACUGUUCAACCAAUACCAAUUUUAUAUACGAUUACGGGUGAUACAUCAACUCCAAUAAAUACACCAAAAGAAAAUGUUCCACCACCAACUGUGACGAAACCAUCAAACGAUAUUAUGAUGUAUUCAUUAGAUAAUGAAACUAAUGUUCCUCGAAAACAACAACAACAACAACAACAACCAAUUCAACCAAUUCAACCAACUACACUUUACGCAUUAGUCAGUCGACCACUUUCACCAUCAAAAAAAUCAACAACAAUAAUACCUACUGAACGUAUUAAUCGUAAUGUCGAACGAAAACCAGAAACAAUCCAUGAAGAAAUUAUAUCGUAUCCAAUAAUAAAAGCUAAACAGGAACCACAAGCAAAAGAAUCAAAAAAUCCAAAAUCACAAGCAUUAUUAAUUCCUCUUAAUGAUGAUGAAUAUCGUACACGUGCUAAAGUAGCUCAUCAAUCACCUCUUUUUUAUUCAACUCCAGAACAAACACAACGUAAUCCUUAUACUACAAUACAAAAUCAACCAAUUCAAUUGUCUGAUUAUCAUUCACCAUAUGAAUAUCGAAAACAGAAACCAUAUCGUGAACGUAAAUAUACUAAUAAUCCAUUGCCUGUUGUAUCAAAUAAUCGUCUUGAACGAAAAACAAAACCACAACUUAAUGAAACACGUUCCCGUAUUGAACGACAACAAUUAAAUGUUCCAUCAAAAUCAACAUCUUUAGAAAGAUAUCCUGUUAAUAGAAAUGCACGUCUUGGUUUAUGGGAUGCUGGUUAUCAAACACAAACUGAUGAUGAAGAAUAUGUAAAUAAAUAUAACAAGAAAAAACGAAAUAGAAAAACCAUGCAACCACGUGCACCAUGGAUACCUGUUUGGUAA